AGAAAGACUGAUGAAGGCUGGGGUUAACGGCCGCAAGAUCUUAAUCGAGAAGAUCUUUGUCUUGGUUCCUCGGUUUUUGGUUUGACACAACCAAGACGAAAGACGAUGAAGACCCCAAUGAGGAUACCCAGUCGGCUACUACUGGUAGCCCUCCACCUCUUGCUAUUGCUGGCCACGACCAUUCAGGCUUCUCUUCCUCGGCUGUUUCCUGCUGCCAAGCAAGAACGCUACGAUCCUCAAGCAAGGCUACUUUGCACUGUCCUCGGACAUCCUUCUCUGUUUUCAACGCUUCGACAUCCUCUAGUAGUAGGCACUACCAGUACCACCGGUAGUACUGAUCAUGAUGAUGACCAUCCCAUUCUGGAAGCAGCCAAGAAAAGGUUCCUGGAGUACUUGCAGCAGUUACCCGAUUAUGCCGAAGAAUACCCCGUGAAUCCCCACAAGCAAGAAUUGAAGCCAAUCAAGUCCAUCAAGUUGGUGGUACGAGAUACUGCUAAUAAUGCGACCUAUCACCACGUUCCCGCUAAUGUCGACGAAUCCUACCAGAUUCAGAUUGAUUGUAAUACGGGGGACCAACAUCGUGUGCUGGUCCAAUCUCGCACUGUCUUUGGAAUGGUACGUGCCUUGGAAUCCUUGGCUCAGUUGGUCGCUUUCGGUUGGAUGGAUACUUCUUCUUCUUCCAGUACCGAUCCUGUAGGAUCCAGCAGCGACGGCAAGGCCGUGUUUGUCAUUCGCAACACGCCUCUGUUUGUAGCCGACAAACCAACCUUUUCCUACCGAGGACUCAUGAUUGAUACGGCACGGCAUUAUUUACCCCUCGAUUUGAUCCUGAGUAAUCUGGAUGUGAUGUCCAUGAACAAACUGAAUGUCUUGCAUUGGCACAUGACAGAUGAUCAGUCCUGGCCUUUUCAAUCCACUACCUAUCCCGAGAUAUCAGAAAAGGGAGCAUACGAUCCCAAACAUAAUGUUUAUUCCCAUGAUGAUGUCCAACAGGUUCUGGACGCAGCCUUGCUGCAUGGCAUCCGUGUCAUCCCAGAAUUCGACCUCCCCGGCCAUUCUGCAGCGGUCGGGAGAUCCCAUCCCGAGCUCAUGUCCAGUUGUGGGGACGAUAAAAAGUACUCCUUUUCCGCACCUCUAGAUCCCACCAAACCACAAGUUUACCAAUUUGUGGAGAAUAUCUACAAGGAAGUGGCUGCACUCUUCCCAGAUCCCUUUAUGCAUGUUGGCGGUGACGAAGUACGAUUGGAUUGCUGGAAGGCAAGUAAGAGCAUACAGCGAUGGGCCAAGGUGCAUGGACACAUGACGGAAAAGGAACUCCUCAAUUACUUUGAAAGUAUCCUCACGGAUAUUGUGGCGUCCAAUGGCAAGACUCCGAUUGCCUGGCAGGAAUUGCUGAACGAAGGUGUCGACCUGCCACCGGGGACUAUCAUUGACGUUUGGAAAGGAUUUGACAAGGAUACCAUUAUCAAUGCCACCAAACGAAACUAUCCCGUCAUCAUUUCGGGUUGUUGGUAUCUUGAUCAUCUCCAGGACAAGUGGAAGGAUUAUUACAAAUGCGAUCCCUUAGAUUUCAAUGGUACGAAAGCACAAAAGGACCUGGUCAUGGGAGGACAUGCCAGCAUGUGGGGAGAACGGGUCGAUCCCACAGACUUUACAGCCAGAGUCUGGCCAAGAGCAUCCGCCGUGGCAGAACGAUUGUGGUCGGGGAACGACCCAAGGAAGUCCUUGCAACAAACGGUGGAACAACGUUUGACCAAUUUCCGGUGCUUCAUGGUGCAACGCGGUGUGUCCGCUGCUCCCAUUGGGCCAGGGACCUGUGGACGACGACAAGAACAACAAGACGGAACAAAGUUGUUGUUUCUAAGAUCGCGACAAGCAGACGGCUGAAAUGACAAUCAGCAUGCAUGCGAAAUUUGUCUCAAAGUGCCAGACAGGGCAGGCACGCCAUAAAAGUCAAUCAUAACCAGAUAGAUAAAACAUUAGCUACCGGUUGCUAUUCU